AAAGAACAGGAUUAGCAAACAGCCAGUAGACGUCAACAUGAUUUCCCUGUGUUGUGUUGGGCUCUUGCUGGGUUGCUACAGCGCUUUUGUAGACUCGCAGAGUCAAAGAGAUGUGACGGUGGAGUGUCAGACCGAUUCCGUUGUCGUUCGGGUGGGACUGACGUCAGGAUCCGCUUUACCUGUCGAUCCCAGCGGCUUGCUUCUCGGAAACUGUCCUCCGUUUAGUUCUGAUGGAAAUACGGCUGUUUUCCGGUCUAGUCUGCUCGACUGUCGCUUCAUGCGUAUGGCUACAGCUAGCAUCUUGGUAUACAGCAAUGAACUGUCCUACAAGCCCAGUCCAGGUUUCAACUCUAUUCCAUUUAAUGAGCUGAUUGUCUGCAGCUAUAACAUGACUCCUGGCUGGGCUCCCCCAGUAUUUAAUCCUGCCCUGGGGGAUGCUUCUGGGUUUGGAACCCUGGUUUUCUUCAUGGAUGUUAUGAAUGAUGACUUCAGUGCCCCCAGGGUCUCCACCACGUUCUUCCUGGGGACCCUUAUUCCCAUCCGGGCUGCAGUGGACCAGCAGUUCCACAUGCCUCUGAUCCUCUUCCUGGAAGAGUGUGUUGCUGCCACCACUGCAGUGCUGAGUCCUUCAAGCCAGACCUACUCGCUCAUCAACAACUAUGGAUGCUUGGUGGAUGGCCAGGUUGCCAACUCUAAGUUCCUAACCCGAGUUCGGAGCUCUGAAAUUCAACUAGUGGUUCAGGCCUUCAAGUUCACAGAGGGCGAGGAUGUCUACAUUCACUGCCAGCUGGCAGCCUGGGACCCGCAGCAACUUGACCCUACUAAGAAAGCCUGCAACUUCAACAAGACUACCAGCAGUUGGGAGCUGUUGGAUGACCCCAACCAGAACUCCCUGUGCAGCUGCUGUUCCUCAAUCUGCACACAAAGGAAGAAAAGAGAAUUGGGAGCAGGUGACCAGGGGUUGACGCACACCACUGUUCUGGGACCCCUGAAGAUCCUUGCUGCAGCACAGGCUAGUGAGCGUGGUGCAUCUGUCAAGAAGGAACUCUCUGACCGAUUAGAGGGAAGUAGCACCCAAGAUGAGCGGUCUCCCUAGGUGGCUGGGCAUCUGGAGUGCUGUGCCUGGGGUCCCACCGGUGUGAUGGAAGGGACAGCUAGGCCAUGUUCCUUGCUCAAUACAGCCUUGUUUUACCUAGUGGAGGAAAAAUAAAA